AUGUCAGAUCCGCCCUCACACCCAAUCCGCAUCGGCCGCGGCGGCGCUGGCAAUAUCUUCCGCACACCACCAACACCACCCUCCUCCUACCCUCCCUCCGCCACGUCCACCAGUCCUAAACACAUCCAUCCUCAAAUCGUCGAUGUGAAAACAGGAAGACGCAACUCUGCUCCCCUUGGGAGUCUCCCCAGCGGCCGCCGUGCCUCCACCGGUCGCGGCGGCGCUGGGAAUUUUCGGAAGGAUGGGGUGAUUGUGAGGGAGGUCGUCGAGGAAGAACCGCCUGCAUCUCGUGCUCCUACAUCCUCAGUUCCUGUUUCGAGUGCGAGGGAGAGGCAGAGGAGGGGGAGUCGUGGUGGUGCAGGGAAUUAUGUCAAGGUUAAGGUGGAUGAAGGGAAGGAGAGGAGUUCGAGUAUUGCUAUGUGGGAGUUGGAAGGGGAGGGGAGGCGGUGGUCGAUUGUGUCGUCUCCCAAUCAUAGUAAAGAAAGGAGACAUACGCAUCAUGGGCCGAAGAAGGAGGAGAAGGAUGGUAAGGAAGAGGGGAGGAAGAGUAGGAAAGGAAGUAUGGCGGGUUUUUGGGAGUACCUCAAACACGGCAAGAACAGAUCUAGAGUCACCUCCACUUCUGUUCCCUCGCCACCUGAUUCGCCCGAACUCAUGCUGCAGAAAGCUGCUCGCCCACAGAAAUCGAAGCCAGAGAAACGUCGCACUUUCUCGGAACCAGGUGAAGCCGCACGACUCUUCAACGGAUACUCCCUCCAAACCACCUUUACCACCUCGCCCACGAGACCGGGGAUCCUGAGGGGCGCGUCGAGUGGAGUUGGGUAUGGGGAGUUAGCGCCGGAUGAGCAACUGCCUACAGUUCUGGAGGAGGAUGCGCCAGUAUCGGAGUUGGUAAGAGAAGCGGGAAGUUAG